AAAAUCCCCGAUAUCCGUAAUUGCGAGUCUAGUUUCCUCGAUUGGAUGCUGUAUGACUGAGAAUGAUCGACAGGGUUCAGUGAUUAUAGCGCAGAUCGCGUUCGAGACGUUUGGUCUAGAGGGAUAUAUAAAUAUAAAUACAGUAUCAGAACAAACAAACACUUGAAUGAUCGAUACAAAACAAAAUUCGUUCUAUAAAUACGAAGGACCGCUGGUUGAACUCUUUUUGACGUCAGACUUCAACCAUCGCCAAAUACAUCUCAAGUAACAAGCAACAUGGCGCAGAUUCCAAUCGUGAUCGCGGGCAGGAACCCCGACAUCACGAAGGCUGUUAGGAAGGCUGUUUGGCCGGACUAUGAUGUAAUCCACAUAAUCCUCGACCCGCACUCGGGCGCCAAAGACCUCCCCUCCCUCAUAUCCGGCACAUCCCUCCCCCCUUCGUCAAACCCAGGAAGUCAAAACUACACCAAGCCGCCUGUGGCCGUCGCGCUGGGCGGAGGCUACGACGACGAGGCGUUCGAACUCAUCAAAUCGGCUUGCAGCGCGAAGAACGCGGACGGGAUGGUCGUGGCGUGGUUACGGCACGAUAAGAGUGGGUUGACGGAGGGUCCGCCGCUAAGCGACGCGGAUGCGUUUGGGAGAUGGAUUGCGGAGAGGAUGAGGGGGGUGUUGGAUGGUAUUAAGGUUGGGGAAGUUGAGGGGACGGGGUGGGAAAAGGAGGUUUUCAUGUUUUGA